AUGCCGCUAGCAAUCAUCAAGAAGAAUAUCAGGAAGCUGAUACUCGGAUUCGUUGUUAUAUGCGCUUCGUUGCCUCUAUUGAGGAUGAACUAUAUGAGCACUGAACAUCACUUUGCCAAAUGGAAAAUACAAAGAUCGUUUGUACAUGGUGCAAGGGACAACGAAGAUUAUGAGGACAACGUCAAUGCGUCACGCGUACGCAUUUCUUGCUGGGUUAUGACAAGCCCCCAAAAUCUCGAAAAAAGAUCGAGAUAUAUCCAAAUGACGUGGGGUAAACGCUGUGACAAGUUGGUGUUCAUCAGCUCAGAAACAAACACGACCUUCCCAGCAGUUGGACAAAAUGUAUCGGAAGGGAGAAAUCAUCUAACCGAAAAGACUCUCGGUGGAUACCAUUAUGUAUAUGAAAAUCACUUCGACGACUGCGAUUGGUUCUUUAAAGCUGAUGACGAUACUUACCUCAUCGCAGAAAACCUUCGUCUUUUCCUGGCCGAUUUCGAUACAAACAAGCCUAUAUAUUUCGGCCAUCACUUUAAGGCUAUUAUCAAACAAGGAUACUCUAGUGGCGGAUCAGGACUGGUAGUCAGCAAAGAGGCCCUCAGAAGGUUUGGUCUACAAGGACAUGAUCCCAAGAUAUGUCGUCAAACUGGCACUGCGGGUGAUGCCGCGUUUGGUCAAUGCAUGCAGUCCCUUGGAAUACCUAUUGGAAACUCUACUGAUUCCAAAGGUCGAAGUCGCUUCCAUUGUUUGUCACCGGCAACUCACAUAGAUGGGAUAUAUCCAAAAUGGUUCCUUGAUUAUGACGCAAAUGGAGCUAAAAAGGGUAUUAGCAGCAUGAGUGACUACCCCAUCUCAUUCCAUUACGUGGCCGGCAGCAAAAUGUUGGAGCUGGAGUAUCUGAUUUACCACACUCGUUCAAAACUAAGCCGCCAGAAGAAGGCUCAGUCCGAAUUUAUACAAACCUCUGAGGUAAAUGGCAUCAGUGUGGAUGCAGUUUGCAAUGAGAAACAUCAGAUUUCAAUGAACGCCUGCGACUGGCACGAACCAUGCACUGCAAUCAAGGAUGCCAACUUCGUGGCGGUGAGGGCUAAUCAUAGUGUCUGA